AUGGCUUGGAAUAGUGCUACAUAUGUCACCGUUUUUGGCCUUUGUGCUCAGCUUAAGGAUUUGAGACUGGGUAUGCAAGUGCACAGCGGAAUGUUGAAGGCAAAUAUGAAGUGUAAUGUGUUUCUUAGUAGCGCAAUCGUUGAUAUGCAUUGGAAAUGUGGCAAGGUUUGCAAUGCAGUGAAAAUUUUUGAUGGCUUGCAAACGCGGAACAUAUUCUCGUGGACUGCAGUCAUGGCCGCUUAUUUCCAAAACGGGUACUUCGAGGAAGCAUUAGUAUGGUGUCAAAAAUGGAACUUGAAGAAAUUUGUCCAAAUGAAUAUACUUUUGCUGUCUUGCUUAACUCAUUCAUGUACAGAGUUGUGUGAGACAUGGUCACAUGGAGAUCUAUUACAUGCUAGAGUUAGGAAGUCAGGUUUCAAAUACCAUGUCGUUGUUGGGAAUGCUUUGAUCAACAUGUAUUCGAAGUGUGGAAACAUUCAAGCAGCAAAUGAAGUGUUCAUGGAUAUGACUUAUCGAGAUUCUGUGACCUGGAAUGCAAUGAUAUCUGGGUUUUCCCAUCAUGGCGUGUUUCAUGAUAUCUUGGCUGCAGGAGAGUCUGCUAACCACAUUACCUUUGUUGCCGUUCUCUCCACCUGUGCUCAUAUGAGCUUGGUGCAGGAGGGAUUCUACUAUUUGAACCAACUAAUGAAACAGUUUGGUAUUGAACCUAGACUGGAUCACCAUACCUGCGUUGUCGUGCUCCUUAGCAGGUCUGGACAACUUGAUGAAGCUGAGAAAUAUAUGAAAACUACUGAAGUCAAGUGGGACAUUAUUGCCUGGAGAACCUUGCUUAAUGCUUGUCAUGUACAUAGAAGUUACGGUUCAGGUAAGCAUGUAGCAGAGGUUCUUGUCCAAAUGGAUCCUAAUGAUAUGGGAACGUAUAUAUUAUUGUCGAAUAUGUAUGCCAAGCCCAGGAGGUGGGAUGGAGUUGUGAAUAUCCGGAAAUGA